AUGGCCCAGACCGACGAAGGCCAUGGCAUUCCUGUCGUGCUCGCGAAGAAGCCCGAUGUCGAACCUCCUUACUCUGUGUUUACGACUUGCGAAAAAUGGCUCAUAGUGACCCUUGCAUCCAUAGCAGGGUUAUUUAGCCCGUUGACGGCGUAUAUAUACCUUCCUGCGAUUCCAAUGAUCGCGACUGCGUUUGGCAAGACCGUUGAACUUACCAACCUUACGGUGACGGUUUAUUUGGUGUUUCAGGGCGUAUCGCCCAUGUUCUGGGGCACUCUCGCAGAUCGCAUGGGCAGGCGACCAACGUUGCUUGGGUGUUUGUUUUUUCUCGGCCUUGCUUGUAUCGGUCUAGCAUUCGUACCGACAUUACACUUCUGGCUGUUGAUGAUUCUUCGAUGUUUCCAAGCGGUUGGUAGCGCUAGCACGCUCACGAUCGCCUGGCUACGCCACUUGACUCCUGGCUGA